AUGAAGCUCCUUUUUCCUAUCUUUGCCAGCCUCAUGCUACAGUACCAGGUGAACACAGAGUACUUUGGCUUGAGAAGAUGUUUAAUGGGUUUUGGGAGAUGCAAAGACUACUGUGCCGUGGGUGAAACGGAGAUACAGAAAUGCAAGAAGAGAAAAUGUUGCAUUGGACAGAAAGUGGUUCAAAUGAUAAAAAACUACAUGCAAAAUGAAAUGUCCCACACACUUGAAGGGAACUCCCAGGAACACCUACAAGUUACCAAGAAUUCUGAUGCUUUGAUACAAACAAAAUACCAAAUUUUAUCUCUUCUCCCCAGAACCAAAAGCAUCAGCCCUUUUGCCAACGUCCACCCCCUCCUCAUCCCAAAUGCCACCACUGUAAACUCAGCCAUCACCAACCCUACGACCUCAUGCAAGAUCACAUACACUGCAAUUUCUGCCAAGAACGACACCACAGAAAGCAGAGAUUCGGCCACUGACUCCUCACCACCAGCACCACCACCAUAG